AUGAUAAGAGCAGAAAAACAAGUUCAACUAUUUGAUGAAUUAAUGGAAAGGACGAAAAAAAAGCAUAAAAUGAUUCGUGAAUUACGUAAGCAACAAAUAAGCACGGAUACAUCAGGAAAUACAAAAUCAGCAACAAACAAAAUGGUUGAAUUAGCGGCAACACCAGAACAACUAUUUAAAACGACGAUAUCAAAUAUGGUAAUUUGCGAAUCAAUAGAUGAAUAUGGUCGAAAUAUAGCACGCAUACAAAUACCUCGAAGUAUACUUUAUGAAAAUGCUAUUGAAAUUAAAAAUUUUGAUGAUGAUGAUGAUGAUGAUGAUGACGAUGAUGAUGAUAAUGGUGAUAACAAUGAGGAAAAGAAUGAAUGCAUUACAAUCCAAUGA